AUUCGAAACCAAACAAAAAUCAUACUGAGGCUUCUUCUGAGCUUUUGCUCUGAAUCUUUAUAGAAUAUUUCGUUUUCACCUCAAUUCUCAGUCUCGCCUUCGCUCUGUUUAUACGAUAAUUUAGCCGGGAUUCGAGAUCGUGGUGUUUGAGGGGGAAUUUGUGUGAAUUUCUACACGUAAAGAGGAAGAAGAGGAGAAAUGGCGAAGCACGAGGAUCUUCCGAUUCCUGUUUUCUCUUCUCUUAAUCCGGUUUAUGGCGAUGGAUCUCAGCUUGAGGAAGCUCAGCUUCGGUUUGAUCAUCUCAAGGCUAAGUUUCUCCAAGUGUUUGGCCACCCUCCCGAUGUCUUUGCUCGUUCUCCAGGGAGAGUGAACUUGAUCGGAGAGCACAUUGACUAUGAAGGAUAUUCGGUGUUGCCGAUGGCGAUCCGGCAAGACACGAUCGUGGCAAUAAGGAAGCACGACGCCGGAGAGGCGAAUCAUCUUCUCAGAAUUGCUAAUGUUAACGAUAAAUACUCGCUAUGUACUUAUCCUGCUGAUCCUGAUCAGGAAGUUGAUUUGAAGAAUCACAAAUGGGGACACUAUUUUCUUUGCGGGUACAAAGGCUAUUACGAAUAUGCUAAAUCAAAAGGACAAAAUGUUGGCGUGCCAGUUGGACUUGAUGUCCUUGUUGAUGGAACAGUGCCUACAGGAUCUGGAUUAUCAAGCUCUGCUGCGUUUGUUUGCUCUGCUACCAUUGCUAUAAUGGCUGCUUUUGGUGCCAACUUUCCCAAGAAAGAAAUUGCCCAACUCACGUGUGAAUGUGAACGGCACAUUGGUACACAAUCUGGUGGAAUGGAUCAGGCAAUUUCUGUCAUGGCCAAAUCUGGGUUUGCUGAGCUGAUUGAUUUCAAUCCCAUUCGUGCUACUGAUGUGCAACUUCCUGCUGGUGGGACUUUUAUUAUAGCUCAUUCUCUGGCCGAAUCACAGAAAGCCGUCACUGCUGCUACAAAUUACAAUAACAGAGUUGUCGAAUGUCGACUUGCUGCUAUUGUUCUAGGCAUAAAGCUUGGGAUGAAACCAGCAGAAGCAGUUGCAAAAGUGAAAACUUUAUCUGAUGUGGAAGGGCUGUGUCUUUCAUUUGCUCGUGAGCGUAAUUCUUCUGACCCUGUGCUUGCAGUCAAGGAACUGUUGAAGGAGGACCCCUAUACAGCUGAAGAAAUUGAACAAAUCACUGUGGAAAAUCUGCCAUCGGUUUUAGGCAAUUCUCCAACUUCAUUGGAUGUUCUAAAAGCUGCCAAGCACUUCAAGUUAUAUCAGCGAGCAUCCCACGUGUACUCUGAAGCCAAGCGGGUCUACGCUUUCAAGGAUGCAGUUUCAUCUAGUUUAAGUGAGGAAGACAAGCUCAAGAAGUUGGGUGAUCUUAUGAAUGAUAGCCACUACAGCUGCAGCGUUCUUUAUGAAUGCAGUUGCCCCGAGUUGGAGGAACUAGUAAAGAUAUGCCGGGACAACGGAGCUCUCGGGGCCAGACUAACUGGAGCAGGAUGGGGAGGUUGCGCGGUUGCUCUGGUAAAAGAGGCCAUUGUUCCACAAUUCAUUCUUAAUCUGAAGGAGAGCUUCUACAAAUCGAGGAUCGACAGAGGGAUCAUCGACAAGAACGAUCUCGGUCUCUACGUCUUUGCUUCCAAGCCUUCGAGCGGAGCUGCCAUCUUCCAAUUUUAGUUCAAAUUUCUUGGGGGCUUUUUUAUUUCGUGGUGCUACAUCCACAACCCCAGGAAGAAAUAAAUAUUAUUUCUCGAUUGGAUGGAAAAAACUAUGGAACUUUUAGUCUUAAAAUUAUGUUCCGGACUAUGUGAUUUACUAGUGCAUUCGAUUCGGUUUGCAUCGGGUUAUGACUUCUCGUAACAUAACCAAGUGAGUAUUCAGUUCUGAACUCGUCUCCUCUGCUUAUAAAUAAAGGAAUGUGUAACCUGAAAAAAAUGGAGCAUAUUUUGUGGAAUGAAACAGAGAAAAUAUUAAAUUCGUGCUCA